UUUCACUCUUGUAGUUAGUACUAAUAACUUUUACACGAGAGAGAGAGAGAGAGAGAUUUCCACCACGUGGGUGCCUGACGCCUGCCUGAGCGGUAGCGGGACGGGAGGGGAGGAAAGUUCAACGAAGCGCGAGGGCGAACGCGAAGCCCCGUCUCCACUAUAAAAGCGCGCGCCCUUCUCCGCCUCCGGGCUUACCAUUCAACUCGACCACCCCUCAGCACACUUCAGUUGUUGCCUUGUUGGUAGUACCGGAAUUGAGACAGGGGUCAGCGAGGAGGGGCGAAACAUGUUGCUGGAGGUGAGCCACCAGGCGUCGGUGCUCGACACCAUCCGGCAGCACCUGCUGGAGGAGCCGGCGGAGGGGAGGAGCAAUGGUGGGGCCGGGCCGGUGCACGCGAGGAGCGCGAGCUUCGGGAGCCUGGUGGCGGACAUGUGGAGCGACUCGCUGCCGUUCCGCGACGACGACGCCGACGACAUGGUGGUGUUCGGCGCGAUGCGGGACGCGUUCUCGUGCGGGUGGCUGCCCGACGGCGUGUUCGCGGAGGUCAAGCCGGAGCCCCUGCUCUCCCCGGCGUCUUCCUACGACGGCUCUUGCUGCUUCGGCUUCGCGGGGUCGGAGCCGGUGACGCCGGGCGAGGAGGUGUCCGGGGCUGAGACGGCGGAGGCGGCGGCGGUGGUUGCGGAAGUGCACGGGAAGGAGGAGGCCGCUGCGCUGGCCAGGGGGAAGCACUACAGGGGGGUGAGGCAGCGGCCGUGGGGCAAGUUCGCGGCGGAGAUCCGGGACCCCGCCAAGAACGGCGCGCGCGUGUGGCUCGGCACGUUCGACACCGCCGAGGACGCCGCCCUGGCGUACGACCGCGCAGCCUACCGCAUGCGCGGCUCCCGCGCGCUCCUCAACUUCCCGCUCCGCAUCGGCUCGGAGAUUGCCGCCGCCGCCGCCGCCGCAGCAGCAGCAGCAGCGGCCGCGGCAGCCGGCGACAAGCGGCCGUCGCCGGAGCCGGCGACCUCGGAGUCGUCCUUCUCCUCUUCAUCCUCAUCCUCCUCCUACACCACCUCCUCGUCCUCCUCCGGCUCCCCGAAAAGGAGAAAGAGAGGCGAGGCCGCAGCCGCGUCCAUGGCCAUGCCCCUGGUGCCCCCGUCUUCCCAGCUGAAUUGGCCGUCUCAGCCAUGGUACCCCACCGGCGUGCCGGUCGACCCGGUGGCGAUCACUCCACGGGUGGAGCAGCUCGUCAUCUAGGCCCGGCGCACGGCGGAGCCAGCAAACCGGCGCGGCACAAAAAUGAUCACCGCCUUCGACGUCCCAACGGACUAACGAGCGAGAGCAACCCAACAAUGGCCAGUACAGCCAUUGCCAUUUGCGUUGCACGGCGCAGGACGGCAAGGAAGGAAGCGUGAGCGCGACGGCGCGAGCGGCAGCAUCCCGGCGAAAGCUCCACCGGAUGCAACGCGAUAAGCUCGGGGUGCAAUUGGGUGGUGCAACCGCGCGUGUAUGUGUGUGUGUGUGGGCGAGCUCUAGAUAGUAGUGUGGUGGUGGUACUGCCCGGUGCAACUCGCCCAAGUGGGGAGGAUACUGUACCACUGGCGUGUUCUUGUCAGAGAAUGCACGGUGUCGUUACCUGUGCAGCCCGGUCCCUAUGGUUAUAAUUCGCGUCACUGUCGCUAGUGGAUCAUCCCGAGAGGGAGUGAGUUGUGAGGGUUGCAGUAAGAAACUGUACAAACAAUGUCUUGAGGAGAAGAGGAGAGAUGAACAAUCAUCCCCUUUGUUCUUUGA